AUGUCCCUACCUCCUCAGCAUCUGCAAGGCUUCCACCUAGUCGACAUGGCCGUCUCGGUACGGAGUACGAAUUACGCAUACUUUGUACAGAUUACCACACAAGAGCUCUGCAGCCUACAUGUUACUUACACCCCACUCCCUUCCUUCGUACAACCUCCCUCGCGAAUAGACAACUUGGCGAACACUUUUAGGCUAAGCGUAUACCGAACACGGCCAAGAAAGAUUGAUUUCCAAGCGAGAGUGGCGCUUUCGCACACCCUCUUGAUUAAACCCCCGAAGCCUGCUGCAAAGCACGGUUGA